CAUAAAUAUAGAAUAUAUUUAACACCCUUGAUAGUAGCUACGGAUUUCACAUAUGCAUGAUGUACUGCAAUGUGACAUAUUCAUCUUCUUUUUCCAAGAUACGGAGUAUAUAUUAUUGUGGUCACAAUUAUUAUUUUUAAGUUUGAUGAUAUUUUUCCCUUAACAUCCUCCAUUUCUUUCACAUAUGGGGUCCAAGUUUACGAAUGAAAAAGGACUAAAUCCUGUUACCUUUUCAACUGCAGAUGGAGCACCGAAGGCUGCUCCAGCAAUGGGGAUAGCCGAUGCAAUUGUAGACCUUGUGGGCAGUGGAACAACUUCGAGAGAGAACAAUCUAAAAGAGAUUGCGGGUGGAGUCAUCUUGCAAAGUCAGGCGGUCCUUGUUGCUAGCAGGAAAUCUUUGACACAGGAAGUAGCUGAGCGCGUAUUGAGCCGAAAUUCCUUAUCAGGGUUGCAGGGGCCCGCAGUAAGUCCAGUAUUUUGCAAACGAAAUGGCCAAGUAACUGCAGAUUACUAUGCAAUAGUCAUAUGUGUACUGAAGAAGGCAUUUAUGAGUCUGUGCAGCAGCUGCGGGAGGUGAGAUUCAUGUACCAUAUAUCAUUAUAUUCUUGUAAAAGAUAUAAAGCCACACACAUGCACUCAUUUUAUAAUUUGGCAAAGAUUCCACCCUUUUAAUCCUUCUUGUCCCAAAUUAUUUAUCAUUUUAGGAAAUUUCUAAAAUUUCACACAAGGAAAAGGACUAAUCUACUCUGCUUUUUAAUAUCUUUCAGGUCUCUUCGUCAUUGAUAUAUGUUAUUUCUACAUAUAAGCAUCUCAAAUCAUGUAGCAUCUAUCAAAAAAGUAAUAUACAAUGUAUGUUCCG